UGCUGAGGAUGAUGAGGGAGAGGACACAGGGCAACAGCGUGACUCAGCUGUACAAGAAUCUCAUGGAACAACACAGUGAGGCAUGGACACAGCGUGUCCUUCAGUACCUGACUGCCUGUGAACCAUUUACUAGGUCCUCCCUUGUGCAGCCACCUGUGUUUGCCGAGCCUCCCUCUUUACCUGCCCUACCUAAACCUAAGUGGCUGUUAGCCGUGUACGCCAGGGAUGUUCUGGGGCGACUGCACGAGGUCAAAGCCAAAAUUACAUCUGUUUUGGGCUGUGUUCUGAAGAUGGCCUCCACAAAGAAGGUCACAAAGAAACUUGCCGGUGCUGCUGCAGGAACAGCUGCCUGGUGCACAAAUGUAGGAAACGAACACGGCCAAGUCCUCGUCUCUGUGCUGACAGCCGCAGAGGGACAUGGACUGCACCCUAUGGCAGCUGGCCUAAUGAAACGCUACCGGGAGGCAGGAGAGGCAGCCCCGAAAGUGAUGUACAUGGACAGAGAUUGCUGCAGUCUUCAUGGCAAGUCUCAGGUGAAGGUCAUGUUUUCGGAGUGGGAUGAGCUUGAAGUGCGCCUUGACAUCUGGCAUUUCAUGCAGCGAUUUGCUGCAGGUGUCACGACAGAGGCUCAUCCGCUCUACAGGACCUUCAUGGCACGUCUGUCCAUGUGCAUCUUUGAGUGGGAUCCAGAUGAUGUGGCUGCUCUUCACCGUGCAAAGGAGGGUGAGCUGGCAGCAAAGAAGGCUGGCCACAUCUCAGGAAAGGCUUGAGUGCCUGCAUUACCCGGAGAGAGUUGGCACUGCACUGCCGGAGGAGGACCAGGGGUGUGGAGGAGAGACCACCAAAUUGAUUGGAUCUC